AUGGCCUGGAAUGGGAGUGAGCCCACUACAGCUGAAGAAUUGGGCGAACCAUCAAGGAAGAAUGAAUUCCACGCAUUUGACCGUGGAGCAAGCUUCAAGGGGGCCCCUCGGGCGGCCAUGCCUUUGCCUCGGCCGCCUCCGCCACAAGCUGUUCCUGGCGAGAAGCCCGUGGCCAAGGCAACCCCACAAGCUCCAGAAGACAAGUUCUCUGCAUUGCGCACAUAUCGACGCGCUCUUGGCUUAUGUGAUGUUUGUGCUGAAAAGUGGUUCCGGGGUCACAAGUGUGCUGCAGCUAUCCCAUUACAUGCAAUGCAGGAAAUCUGGGAUUUAUUUCAGUUGGAAGCUUUCUCGGAGUCACAGGAACCUGAACAAGAGUCUCCGGAAGCCCCAUCCGAACAACUCUUUUUGGCCCUUUCCCAUGAUGCUCAGCGCGGUGCACACGGACACCGGACUAUUCAGUUUCAGGGAACUAUUCUUGGCUAUUCAGUUGCUGUGUUGGUGGAUUCGGCCAGUUCUGCUUCGUUUUUGGCAGCUUCGGUUGCUGAUCAGUUACCUCAACUCCAACGUACACCCAUGGCAUCAUCAGUGAAGGUGGCCAACGGUCACCUGUUGCGUUGCACCUAG